AUGGCCACGUUCUCCUACACGUCUGAGGCCACGUCAGCCUCUCCUACCGCUCAGGCCAAGUCCACCUCCUACACGUCUGUGGCCAAGUCAGCCUCUACACGCUCAGGCCACGUCCUCCUCCCACACGUCUGUGGCCACGCCUCCUCCUACACGUCUAUGGCCACGUCCUCCUCCUACACGCCUGUGGCCAUGUCAGCCUCCUACAUGUCUGUGGCCAAGUCCACCCUACACGUCUAUGGCCACGUCCUCCUCCUACACGACUGUACAAGUCAGUCUCCUACACGUCUAUGGCCACGUCAGUCUCCUACACGUUUGUGGCCAAGUCCACCUCCCACACGUCUAUGGCCACGUCCUCCCUCCUACACGUCUGUGGCCACGUCCUCCCUCCUACACGUCUAUAGCCACGUCCUCCCUCCUACACGUCUGUGGCCACGUCCUCCUCCCUCCUACACUGCCCAGGCCACGUCCUCCUCCUACACGUCCAUGGCCACGUCCUCCUCCUACACGUCUGUGGCCACGUCCUCCUCUUACACGUCUGUGGUCACGUCCUCCUCCUACACGUCUGUGGCCACGUCCUCCUCCUACACGUCUGUGGCCACGUCCUCCCUCCUACACGUCUGUGGCCAUGUCCUCCCUCCUACACGUCUGUAA